AAUCUCAGCGAGAGAGAGAGAUAGAGAGAGAGAGAGAGAGAGAGGGAGAGAUGGACGCACGUCCUUCAACCGUGAAAGCUGCGCCUAAACUAUAUCUUCUCGUGUAAGCUUCUCUCUGUGCUCCCUCUCCCCUCCUACAUAGAGUCCUCAUCUCUCUCUCUCUCUCUCUCUCUCUCUCUCUCUCUCUAUCUCUCUCAUGGAACCUGGCCAAUGCUCUGGCUCCAAGGAGGACGACGUCGCCUGGGCCAAACUCGUGCCCGCCGACUCCAGGUACUCGGAAGUGUACAUCAGGUGCGGGGACGCGACGGUGUGCUCGGAAGUAUCGAGCUCGUCGGCGGAGAAGUUCACAUGGUGCGAGAUAACGCCCAGCUCCGAGAAGGAUUCGGCGACGAUCAGAAACUUGAGUUCAAAUGGCAUCAUUGUUGAUGGGAAUAUUGUUGAAGAAGAAGCAGUGGAUAUAAAAAGUGGAACUGAAGUCAUUUCAGGGCCUGAUAAAGAAGGAUAUUUAUGUUAUACAUUCAAAGUAAUACCUUUCGAGAUACGCAACAAAAAGAAUGUUCAGAUUGUCUUAGAUGUUGAACAUGCAAAAUGCAGCAUAUGCUUAAACAUAUGGCAUGAUGUUGUUACAGUCGCUCCUUGUCUCCACAACUUCUGUAACGGUUGCUUCUCGGAGUGGCUAAGGAGGUCUUCAACCCGCUCACGUGACAAUGUGCAAAAUGUAGUGUGCCCGCAGUGCAGGGCAAAUGUACACUCUGUUGGAAAAAAUCACUUUUUACGCAAUAUUGAAGAGGCAAUCCUGCAAACUCAUUCUUCACUAAAGCGUUCUGAUGAAGAAAUUGCUUUAUUAGAUACGUAUGCCUCGAUUAAAUCAAAUCUUGUAUUGGGAAGGCAGAAAAACCCAUCAAGAAAGCGACCUUUGUCUCUGUCAAGUGAUGAAAGCAACAUCACAGAUCUUCCUUGCCCACAGUGUGGCACUGAAUUUGGUGGAUUUAGAUGCAGUCCAGGCACAGCACACUUGCAAUGUCAAGGAUGUGGCGGAUUAAUGCCAUCUAGACCUAAUAACGGUGUACCACAACAUUGCUUAGGUUGUGAUAGGGCAUUUUGUGCGGCUUAUUGGUGUUCACAAGGUGUGGAUUCGAGUGAAUUUGAUCUAAUCUGCCAUCGGGACACAUUCAAACCAAUAUCGGAGCGCACUAUUUCCAGAAUUCCUGAUCUGGUGCACCAGAACAAUCCUUAUGAAAGAGAUAUUACAGAAAGGUGCAUACAGCAGACAGGGAAGACACCGCAGGCUGUAAUCUCAGAGUGGAUUACCAAAUUUGACAACAAGCAAAUAGACCGUUCAAGGUUGCAGAUAAACCAUGGCGAGACAAUUACUUCCCAAACACAUCUUUGCUAUGAUUGCUACAAUAAAUUGGUUGAUUACCUCUUGUACUGGUUUCGAGUGUCGCUGCCUAGUAAUCUUCUUCCGCCAGAUGCGGUCAACAGGGAGAACUGUUGGUAUGGUUACGUCUGUCGUACCCAGCACCACAAUGUUGAACAUGCUCGGAAAAGGAACCAUGUGUGCCGUCCGACAAGAGGCAAUACAUGAGUGAUGGUUCUCUUUCAACAAUUCUCUAACACCUAAAGGAGGAAAUAGAAAAGCAAAGGAAGAAGACAUAAGUUAUAAUCUACCAUUAUAUAUUUCAGCGGCAUUUUGUCUGUUGUUCCCCUCGAAUCCUGAGAUCUCAAUUAGCUCUCGUCUUGCAAAGUUUGAUGUAUGCUAGUGUCUUUUUCGUGUGAUCUUUAAAGUUGGCCGAGUAUCUCUACUGUGAAAGCAAUCCAUUAAUCUGUUUUUUUAUAUAUAUAUCUUCAAUUAACAUCA